GGAGAAUGUAAAAGAAGGACAUUGAGUUCAACAUCGAGGUAAACGAAGAUGAAGAAAAAUAAAUUUGGUGCUACAUCUCCACCAUUCACUGAUUACUUGAAAAAAAUUUUGAGAAGGUACCCAGAUGGAGGACACAUAUUGAAGGAGCUGAUACAGAAUGCAGAUGAUGCAAGAGCUUCACGUGUGGUGUUUAUUCAUGAUGAGACGCAUUAUGGGACUCAGAGCCUGUGGACUGAAGAGCUCGGAAAGUAUCAAGGACCUGCUCUCUAUGCCUUCAAUGAUGCAGCCUUCACAGAGGAAGACUGGAAGGGAAUUCAGAGAGCUGGCAGAAGCAUCAAGCAGGAUGACCCAACAACAGUUGGGAAAUUUGGGAUCGGCUUCAACUCUGUCUAUCACAUUACAGAUUUGCCAUGUGUAUUCAGUUCUGAACACCUUGCCAUUUUUGACCCACAAGAGAAGAUGUUUGGAGAUGAUGAAAAAGGCUAUCGAUGGUCUUUGAAUGACGAGGAGGAUAGAAAGAUCCUUCUGAAGUUGACAGAUCAGUUUCAGCCCUUUCAAAAUGUUGUCAGUAAACUCAGUCAACAGUCUCAAGUCAACAGUUGUUCCUGGGAGAAGGUCAUCAGCGAGGAGCAAUACUUCAAAGGAACGCUUUUCCGUUUCCCUCUGCGUAAUGAGCCUUCUGAGAUCUCCGAUAACUUGUAUGACUCCAAAAAAGUUACACAGCUUUUUGACAGUUUCAUUGCUGAUGCAGACAUCAGUCUUCUUUUCCUGAGAAAUGUGUCAUCCAUUACUUUGCUGCAUAUUGACACCAAUGGCUGCAACAAUAGGUUAAAAGUUUCAGUGUCGAAUCAAUUUGACACUGACCUUUUUCAUGACAAGCAGGAAUUAUUUGACAGAAAAACUUGUUUCAAAACAGCAUCACAUAUUUCCCAUCAAAAGGAAGAAACAAGGUCCCAGUGGCUUGUGACAACUUGCCUUCUGAAACAUGGAUAUAAACCAGAGAUUGACUCUCUAGCCAGUAAGCUGAGCUUCUACCCUCAAGUUGAUGCAGCUUUUCGAAUAGAUGACGACAGAUCACUUUGCAGUGGGCGACUAAGUUGCUUUCUGACACUUCCAAAUAAUGAAUCAAAUAAAACUGGGCUUCCCAUUCACAUCAAUGCUUGCUUUGGCCUGACAGAUGAUCGGAGGUUCAUUAAGUGGCAAGAGGAGGAUCAGAAGAAUGAUGAGUCUGCAAAGUGGAAUGAGCUACUUGUAAAAGAUGUUCUUCCUCAUGUGUAUCUUAUGAUGAUCCUGGAUGCCAUUCAGUUAUCCAAAAACUCAACCCUGUCUGCUGCCACUGUGUACAAUCUUUGGCCUGACCUAUCCAAGACUGUACAUAAAGACAGAUGGCAUGAAGUUGCAACAGACACUCUGAAGGGUCUAAUUGAGUACAAGAUCUUUCACCUUGCCGAAGAUGAGAAAAUCUGGGUGUCUCCCUCAGAUGCAGUUUUUCCAGUCAACAAUAUAUGUCGUGCAAAAAUGUCUGCAAUAUCAAGAUUACUGAUUGCUGAAGGAGAGAACCUGGUCACACUCCCAGAACAUGUUUUGAAAGAUGUUCAAGAAAUCUUCCCUGAAAGUGAUACCUUGACAUGGGUGACUCCGUCUUAUGUUAGAGAUGUCCUUCACAGAAGUGAGACUGAAAACCUCAGUAAAGAUGACAAGUACUCUCUUCUUGAAUUUGCUCUCAGUGAUGAGAAGUACACAGAACUACAAGGCCUUAAGCUUCUGCCUCUCAGUGAUGGAACCUUCACUUCAUUUAGCAAAGGAACCCAGGACACUGUUUUGAUCGACAAUGAGAAGUUUCCAAGAACAUUGCUGCCAUUUUGUAAAGAAAGGUUUUUACCAAAUGAUCUGAGCCAUUUUUGCACUAAGAAACUGAGGGAACUAGCAACAAAGAGCACAUUCAACAUAAUCAAUUUGGAUGCAAAUCAUGUUGUUGCACUCACCAAGAAGCUCUUACCUAUGGAUUGGAAGGAAUUCCAAGGUCAUGUGACAUGGAAAACAGCAGAAAAUCAUCAUCCACCAAAGAGCUGGCUGGCUGAAUUCUGGAAGUUUCUUAGCACUGAAUGGAAUGAGUUAAACAGCUUUAUUGACAUUCCUUUAAUACCACUGGAGCCACUACACAGUUCAGGCGAUUCUAUAUUGUUAGCAAAGUUGCAGAGUAACACAACUUUGAUUUUUCAGAGUAGCACAGCGUCUAGCUUGUCAGAUCAUGUUCAGAAAGUGUUAAGGAUGGUGGGGUGUACAGUCAUAAAAAGAGAUGAGUGUCUUAAACAUCAUGACAUUGAGAGGUAUGUUCUUCCAGCUUCACCAAGAAGUGUCCUACAAGUCUUUGUGAACUCACACCGAGAUCAGGUCAUCAAAGGCAUUGCCUCUGCUUCAUCACAGGAAAUAGAGGAGUUGAAAAUGUACCUCUCUUCUUUGGAUUCUCUCUCAAAUGCUGAAAAGAACUUGCUUUCCAUGUUGCCAAUCUUCAGAAUGAUGUCUGGGAAAUAUGUUACAGUUAAAUCAAAGCAAGCAUUUGUUUCAACCACCAAUCCAGCCAUUCCAAAUAAUCUGCCAAUGCCUGAGACCAUUGUACAGUGUGCAAAUGAAGCUGAGUGCAGACUUCUGACUCUUCUGAAUAUUGAACUCUUAGAUGCAGCUAGGGUGGCUGUUCGUUUGGUUGACUGCAUUGAGACAGCCUCUUUCCAAAAAAGUGAUAAACAGACAGUAAUGACCUGGAUAUUGAAUAAUGGUAGCAUUCUACUCUCACAAAGUGAGCAGCUGCUCAUGAAAACCAAAAGUCUCAAAUUUAUUGAGACAACUCAGGGAGAUCACAAACAAGCUUCAGAUGUUUUUGAUCCAAGAAACGGGACAUUUCUGGAUCUUUUUGAGGCAGAUUUCUUUCCCCCACCUUUUUACACAAAGACCCAAGAAAUGCUUCAGAGUUUGCAACGCCUUGGCCUGAAGACAGAGCAAAAAGAAAUAUCAACAGCAGAAAUACUCCAAGUCAUAAAUCAUAUCGAAAAGCUUUGUGACCACUCACCAGAUAAGGCAAUCAAAAAAGCACAUACUCUUGUUCGAGUCCUGAAUGAGAAUGAUUUCCUUUCAAAAUUCACCAAGGGGCAGAUAGAAGAGCUGAAGCAAAGACAGUGGGUUCCCUGUGAAAAGCCAAAGUUCUUGAAUGGAAGCAUUUGUAACGAUCCUAAGAGAGGUCUCUUUAAGCCAGCUGAAGUAAGGGAUUCAAAGUAUUCUUCAAUUGUUGGAUAUGCAAUGCCACUUACAUCUGAGCUAACAGAACAUGUCUGCAAAAAUCUUGGACUUUAUGAGCCCCCUCCUGCUGAAAAAGUCUUGGAGAACCUCACUGCACUGAGAUCAAUGGUCAACCCAAAUUCAGAUUUUCAGUUUAAACACAAGCUGCAUGAUAUUUACAAAUUCAUGCAAAACAACAUGAGAAAUUUCACAAAUUUAUUGGACACAAAAAGCAUCCCCUGGAUAUGGAAUAAAAGUGAGUUUGUCUGUCCAGGAGAUAUAGUUUUAGCCUAUCCACCUGAAUUGGAUCUAAGCCCCUACAUUAAGAAAGUGCCUAAAGAAUUUUUGCAAUUUGAAAAUCUACUAACAAAAUUUGGUGUGAAGAAAACACUGUCCGAUGAGGAGAUUGAAGACAUACUCUGUGACAUAAAACAAAGAAUUGACUGCAGGUGUCCUCCUUAUGGAAAAAAGACAGAACUUAAAGUGUCAAUUGCCAUUCUUGAUUGGAUGCGAAAGAAUGAGAAGCUUUUAAAAGACAGUACCCCUGUGCCUGUUAUGGCACAAAAUCAAAACUUUACUCUGCAGUCUUUGUCAAAAACAGUCUUCUGUGACAUCAGUGCCGAAAGACUUGAUGACCUGAAACAAGACAAAGAGGAGAUCUAUGCCAUUCAUGAAGAAGUUCUGCCCACCACUGCAAGAUGGUUGAAAGUCCCAUUAUUAAGUACUCGCAUCUUACAAGCAGACGUAAAAUCAUUUGGAACACAACAGUGUGGGCAAUUUGAACCAAUUACUCUAAGAAUUAAAAACAUUCUUAAAGAGUAUGAUGAAGAAAGUGACAUUUUCAAAGAACUCCUUCAAAAUGCUGAGGAUGCUAGGGCAACCACGUGUAAAUUCCUCCUUGACUUCAGAAAACACAAAGAUCCCCCUGAAACACUCUUUGAUGAUGGAAUGGCCCUCUGUAAUGGACCAUGCCUUUGGAUCUUCAACAAUGAGCUUUUUUCAGAAGAAGAUUGGAGAAACAUUGUCAAAGUGGGAUCAGCGUCGAAGGAAAACAAAGUCGAUAUGAUUGGAAAGUUUGGGCUUGGAUUUAAUGCUGUUUACCAUGUGAGUGAUAUUCCCUCGAUUUUAAGUGGAAAAACCCUUCUCAUACUUGAUCCAAAUGUCACCCAUUUGGAAAAGCACAUACUCAGCAAAGGAAACCCUGGAAUUAAACUUGACCCAUUCCAGGAACGACUGUACAAAAGGUUUCCUGGACAGUUUAAAUCUUAUGAAGGAAUUUUUGAUUGUGAUCUGUCAGUGCAAAACGGCAAGAAAGCUUACAAUGGCACCUUGAUUAAAUUACCAUUUCGCACUCUGGAGGAAGCCAACAAGUCAGAGAUCAGUUCAAAGGUAUAUGAUGAAGAGCAAAUUAUGAGUUUUACAAAUCAUUUGACUGACAACUCACAAACACUCCUGCUAUUUCUGAAAAACAUCACAUCUCUGUCCCUUCAAAUUGUCCCUGAAAACGCUUCGACUCCUCCAUUGAAUGAUCAGAUUCAGACUCCUCUCAAAAUAUCCAGAGAAGUUAUGAAUUCAUUUCCUGUCUCGAAUGACACACUUCUCCAAGAGGUCGAGAACACCUUCAGAAAUGGUGAUAUCAAAUGCAACAUUAUUGAUUUCAAGAGAGCACACAUUGUUAAAAUAGUUCAAGAGCACUCAGAGAAAUCCCUCACCCAGUACUGGCUUUUGUACUCAUGUUAUGGGACAGAUGAUUCUUUUCAAAUGUUCCACAAAAAAAAUGAAGAAGAACAUGCCUUUUCAAUUCCAAUUGGAGGUAUAGCUGUACCUUUGAGAGGGGAGAGGCAGAGGGAGAGAGAGGCAAAAACUGAUGAAACUAACAUAUGGUCCCCUGAUGAAAAUCUCUUUGGCCAGGCUUUUUGCUUUCUUUCUCUUUCAAUUGAGACAGGUCUUCCAGUCCAUGUCAAUGGAUCAUUUGCAGUCGCAGAAAAUAGGAAAGGUCUAUGGGAAAAAGGAGUGAAGUCUGAGUGGAACAAAGCUUUACUGAAAGAUGCCGUAACCUCUGCCUACAUUACUACACUGCUUGAGCUGAAGAAAAUGGCCCAAAAUGGACAUAUCCAGAACUAUUCCUUCCAUACAUUCUGGCCUAACACACAGAAGGUAAGCAAAGCAUUUUUACCCAUGGUUGAGUCAUUCUACUCAGCAGUUGUGCAGAAUGCCAAUGGCAAAUCUCUGGAGCUUUUCAGCAAUGGACAAAAUUGGUGUUCAAUGGACAAUGUGAUAUUUCUGAAACAAAAAAUUGAUGAGAACCGAGUAAUUCGAGACAGUGUCAUGAAAGUGUUCUUGAGUUUAGGAGCUUCAUAUUCCAGUGUUGUUUCUCUCCCAUCAUGGGUAAGACAGAGUCUCAUCGAUUGUGGCUUCAAGCCAAUGAUCAAAAAGAGAACAAUCAACUGGCCUGAGUUUUACAACAUUGUUUUUAAGAACUUGAGUGCUGUGGAGACACACAGCAGAAAUACUCUUGUGCUGAAUGCCAUUGACUUGAAUGAUCCUGCUGUUGAUGACCUACUGAAAAGAUACCCUUGCAUUCCAACACAGAGAUGUAAAGAGCUUCAAUUAAUCAAGCAACUUGUGAAUCCUUCUGGCAAAGUGGCUUGUUUGUACGAACUUGAGGAAGGAUGCUUUCUUGAAGGAACAACAAAUGACUUUCUCUCACCAAAAAUGAUUCAACGACUUUCAGAUUUGGGAAUGCUGAGUGACCGCCUCCCUUUAGAGGACAUCAUAGAAAGAGCAGAGAAGAUAUCCAGUGUUUGGCAACAGGAUCAAUCUAAAUGCCAUAAACGUCUUCAGUGCCUGUUGGAGUCAAUGAAAGACUCCACAGAAGAUGUGAAUUCUCUGCACUGGCAAACACUGUCUCAAAUUCCAUUCCUUCCUGCCGUAGUUCCUUUAGUUCAGCAAAACAAGAAUGCAAAUGUUCUCAAAAAACCCUGUGAAGUUUACAGUGACAUUUGUCACAAUUUAGUAAGCAUGACAGAAUUCACAGUUGAUCAUUCAGCCCUUCAAAUACACAAUGAUGAUCCAGUUCUCCAAAAAUUAAGAGUCCUGACAAAUCCACCAGUUGAGACUGUGCUUCAGCAGCUGUUACAAGCACACCAACACUGCAAUGAAUUUGAAGAGAUGGAUCUCUUAAACAUUGCCCAGUCUUGCUAUGAAUAUCUCAAUAAUUACUUGUUGGAACAGAAAGAUCCAGAUCCCAUUAUUGGCCAUGCAAAAUCAUUUCCAUUCAUUUUCAUAGAGGAUCACUUAAAUGUGAGGUCACUUGUAAAUGUGAGUUUAGUGGCCAGAAGUAUAGAAUUUGAGGAGAAACCAUAUCUCUAUGUGCUUCCAGUCAUCUUCUCCAAAUUUGAGAGGCUCUGGGACUGCAUUGGUGUCAACAAACAAUUCACAAAAGAGCAAUUUGUUACUGCACUUGAGAAAAUGAAGGCUCAAUAUGGAUCUGAUGCUCUCUCCUUGUCAGAACUCCGUAAGUGUAUCGCAAUACUCACAAAUGGGCUUUACAAAAUCAAAGUUGAAAAGCCUACAAACUGUCUCAUACCUGAUGAGAGAGGUGUGUUGACAUCUUCUAAAGAGCUGAGAUUUAAUGACAGCCCAUGGAUGCCUAUUGCAGCUGGUGUCAAGCUCACCCAUGAUCUGAUACCUCGACCUGUGGCCUGUCAUUUUGGUGUAAUGACAACAAGACACCACACUCUGAAGAGUCAUUUAGUCAGUGGGUUUCCCUUUCAUGCUGAAGAAUUUGGACAAACUGAGAAAUUAACUGUCCGAAUAAAAAAUAUAAUUGAUGCAUAUCCAUCUAAAAAGGAUAUUCUGAAAGAGCUUAUUCAAAAUGCUGAUGAUGCACAGGCAACAGAAAUUCACUUUGUAUGGGACAAAAGAAAACAUAAGACAGAAAAGAUAUUUGGAAAGAGCUGGGAAUCGGUUCAAGGACCGGCUCUUUGUGUGUACAACAACAGAACAUUUUCUGAUGCUGAUCUGGAAGGUAUCCAGCAGCUGGGGGAAGGAGGAAAACAUGGCACUUUAGGGAGAACUGGAAAAUAUGGACUUGGCUUCAAUUCUGUGUAUCAUCUGACAGAUUGUCCAUCUAUCCUGACUGGUGACAAAUGGCUCUGCAUUUCUGAUCCAAAUCUAAAAUAUGUGGAAGAUGUAACAGAACAGUCCCCAGGCUGCAAGUUGUCAGUUGAUGAUGAAUUAAAAACAUAUUUUGAGGAUGUUUAUAAUACCUUUCUUCCAGAAAUGUUUGCACUCAAUUCUGGAACCAUGUUUAGGUUCCCUCUCAGGACAGAGGAAAUGGCGGGAACAUCUGAAAUAUCUGGACAUAAAUUCACAAACCGUGACAUGAAGGAACUUUACUGUGCCUUGACUGAAGACCCUGAAGUACUAAUUGUCUUUUUGAAGCACAUCACAAAAAUACAGCUCUGGGAGAUCAGUGAAGAUGAAAAACAACCAAAAAGUUGUUUCCUUAUUGAAAAGAAAUUCACAGAGAAGAACAUGGUAAGCAAGGAAAACUUUCACAGACAUGUUCGAGAAUCCCUCAUGUCAGGAACAGCAGAACCCUGCAAAACCAUCUAUGACAUGCAAAUCUCAUCUGGAAAUGAACAAAGUCAGUGGGUCAUUGCAGAGAGCUUUGGCUUCUCAAAACAAAACCAUGAGCAAAAAAACAAGCAAGAUCAUUUUAAAAUUCCUCAAGCUGCUCUGGCUGCAUGUUGGAAAAGCUCAUUUAAACACAAAUUUACUGGCAGGGUAUUUUGUUCUUUGCCUUUACCUGGACAAACUGGUUUACCAGUUCAUGUGAAUGCAAAUUUUGAAGUAGAUUCUUCUAGACGGGACUUGUGGAAAGAAGAUGGUGAUAGUCUGAAGACAGAGUGGAACCAGUCACUGAAAGUAAACAUCAUUUCACCACUCUAUGCUGACCUCCUGUUACAUCUGUGUUCAGUCAUGAAGAAGGAUACACCUACAGCUGCACGAUAUUUACAAAUCUGUGUAAGACAACAAGAUAAAUUUUACAGAUGUACUGGACACAAAAAACAUCCACUGGAUAUGGAAUAAAAGUGAGUUUAUUUGUUCAGUAGAUUUUAGCCUAUCCACCUGAAUUGUAUCUAAGCCCCUAUAUCAUGAAAGUGCCUAAAUAAUUUUUGCUAUAUGAAAACCAGCUAACAAAAUUUGGUGUGAAGAAAACACUGUCUGAUGAGGAGAUUGAAGACAUACUUCAUGACAUAAAACAAAGAAUUGACUGCAGGUGUCCCCCUUAAAACCUCAGUUCAUACAAGCAGAGCAAGAUUCCUUUGGUAUAGAACAGUGUGGGCAAUCUGAACCAAUUACUCAAAGAAUUAAAAACAUUCUUAAAGAAUAGGUCAAUGAAAUUUUAUUAUCAAAGAACUCCUACAAAAUGCUGAGGAUGCUAGGGCAACCACAUGUAAAUUCCUCUUAGAUCUCAGAAAACACAGAGAUCCCCCUGAAACCCUCUUUGAUGAUGGAAUGGCUCUAUGUAAUGGACCAUGCCUUUGGAUCUUUAACAACGAGCUUUUUUUUACAAGAAGAUUGGAGAAACAAAAAAAGUCAAGAUGAUUGGUAAAGUAAGUUUGGCCUUGGAUUUAAUGCUGUUUACCAUGUGAGUGAUAUUCCCUCGAUUUUAAGUGGAAAAAUCCUUCUCAUACUUGAUCCAAAUGUCACCCAUUUGGAAACGCACAUCAGCAAAGGAAACCCUGGAAUUAAACUUGACCCAUUCCAGGAACGACUGUACAAAAGGUUUCCUGGACAGUUUAAAUCUUAUGAAGGAAUUUUUGAUUGUGAUCUGUCAGUGCAAAACAGCAAGAAAGCUUACAAUGGCACCUUGAUUAAAUUACCAUUUCGCACUCUGGAGGAAGCCAACAAGUCAGAGAUCAGUUCAAAGGUAUAUGAUGAAGAGCGAAUUAGGAGUUUUACAAAUCAUUUGACUGACAACUCACAAACACUCCUGCUAUUUCUGAAAAACAUUACAUCACUGUCCCUUCAAAUUGUCCCUGAAAAUGCUUUGAUUCCUCCAUGGAAUAAUCAGAUUCAGACUCUUCUCAAAAUAUCCAGAGAAGUCAUUAAUUCAUUUCCUGUCUCGAACUUCUUCUCCAAGAGACAAGGUGAAAUUUCUGAAUCCAAAAAUUGAGAAGAACUGAGUAAUUCAAGACAUUGCCAAGUGUUCUUGAGCUUGGAAGCUUCAUAUUCCAGUGUUGUUUCUCUCCCAUCAUGGUUAAGACAAAGAUCAAUCAGAGAACAAUCAACUGGCCUAAGUUUUACAACAUUGUUUGGAAACACUUCAGAAUACUGUUCCAUCAAUAAUGAAUAACUACACAGGAACAAAUGAGUAAUGCAAUAUUAACACUCCAGUAACUACUAUAAACUAAUAAAAAACGUU